CGUUGUGAGUUUCGCGUGGCCACGCUCCGUCUGACGCCCGUACGCGAUGCAAACCUCCAGCAGAGACGGUUUUAUUUUCGAUUGAAAUUAACGGCUACGAUUCCACGGAGAGUGCGAUCUUCGUAUUGUGAAGGUGUUUUGCAAGUGGUGUUGCGACACGUCGCACCGCGAUUGUUUGUUGUUUACCCCGCCAAAAACUUGUGCCUGUGCUAAGUUCCCAGUGCGGAUCCAGAAACUGAACAUUCUGGCAUAGUUAGUUGUUGGAUUAUUUUAGCUCUGCGCCCACCAGAGGAUGUAACUGUUACAGUGGAAUGGCACGUGCCGCCAUGGCUUUGAGGAGAGGAUCGAAUCAAGGGAAUAAUACAGAUGGCGGCGACGACGUCCAACGUUCCAUCGAGCUCCUAGACCGCGUGCUUUCGGAAUUCGAUGAUGUGGAAAAUGCGAAUCAGGUCCAAAAUAUUCAGCAGAUCACCACGUCGUCGUCCACCCCGCAGCUGCGGGGCCCCAGCACCAACCCCGUUACCGGCGCCCCCAACAGCGUGCCGACGUCUACCCCCGACGACGAGAGCCCCUCUCUGGGCCACCAGUCCGAGGACGAUGGCUACAUGAGCAUGAACGGCCGCAAGCAGCCCAAGUUCAGUCUGGCCUUCAAGCCGCUGGCCGAGGUGCCCGUCCACCACGAAGGGGUGGUCCAGCAGCUGGGCUCGCCCGGGGUGCGACCCGGGGACCCGGACGACUUCCCGCCGCCGCCGGAGGAGGCGCAGAGGCUUAUCGCUACGCUGCUGCCGAAGGUAUCUCCCGCCCACCGGCCGAAACCCAUCGGCAGCACCGGUCGCAACCGUUCCUUCCCUUUGACACAGCUGCCUGCCCGUAUGGACACAAUCCCGCCCCCGCAGAGGUUCCAAAACGACUGCCUCCUCCUCAUCAACGGCCUGCCGGACCCCAUUCACACUGCCACGCAAACUACGUUGCCUAAAACCAAACACCAGAGGCCGUACGGCUGGGAGAACAACGAGUUUCAGCUGCAUCCCCCACCGCCACCUCCAGGUUACAGGUUCGGCAGCCUGCCUUACCAGCACGGUGUCUACUCCAUUACGUCCCCCACCAGGAUGCCUCCUAGGACCGUUCCUACGGCCCUGGAACGCCACAGGGAGGUGAAAAGACAUGGAAGCGAAGACAAUCUCUCCAGUGACCUUGACGACACCCCAGCCUUAAGACCCCUGAGUGAGCUAGCCGACGAUGAACAUUUCUCGGAUGAUUCCCUGGAAGAAAUAUUACCCCCACCGCCCCCGCCGGUUUGUAACAAACGGGUCAGCAUAGCUUGGGAAGUACCCUUAGACGAUGACGCUCUCCUUACACCAGGUAGUACCAAAGUGAUAGGCAGGCGAAGAAGAAAAUCCGGCUCGUAUUCCAGCACCAGUUCGAUACCUAACAGACUGAAAGAACUGGAGGACUGGCCUGACCCUCCGCCUUGUACAACUGAAGACGAGGUCACCUCCCCGUUUUCGGAUUCCGACGAUCACUUAAUUCUACCCCCAGAACUGAAUUCUGCUAAUAUAUCCGGAAACAGCACUUAUAUCAUUAGAAGAGGUAGAAGAGACAGGAAGAUCCUGGUCAACCUAGGCAGCUCCGUCACCUCCAAUUCCUCCCUGAACUCACGACUGAGUUCAGAACUGAGCAUACCAACCAGUAGAUUUAGCGCGGACUUGAACUCUCAGCUGAGCCGGGAACUGCAAACCCCGAAUUCCCGGUACAGCGUAGACCUAAGCACCCCCCACUCGAGACUCAGCCAGGAACUAAAUUCCCCCAAAUCCCGUUACAGUCUAGACCUAAACAAUUCCCGGAUACUGAGCCAUGAGUUCAGCAGUUCAGCAUCCAGGUUGAGCAUAGACCUUUCCAGCUCUAGAUCGAGCACGCCCAGCAAGCACAGUAGCGACAUGAAGAAGCACAGCACUACGUUCGACAACAUAAAGUCGUUAGUUAGGCAAGGAGUCAUAGAGGACUUCGAUGCACCGGUCGAGUCGACGACGGACCUCUGCACCUCCACUUCGCCCAUAGUUAGAGUCGUUUCCCUGCCUAGUUUGAACGCGGAGGAGGUUACGCCACGAAGAGAGCUGGACGUUACCGUAGAGGAGGAAGAAGAAAUGGAUAGUUCGCUGCCCAGUGUGGAAAUUUCGCCGUUGAGGAAAAUAGAGCAGAACAUCAGCGAUCUGUUGGAGAGGAGGGAUAUAGAGGUGGUGCAGGACGACAGGUUCAUGCUGAACGGGGUGGAGAACUUGAACAAGGAAAAGCGGGAGAAGAAGAAACCUCCGUCCAAACCCAGCAGGGAGCCGAGGAAUAGUGAGAAGCAGAAAGCGAACGAUCUUCAGAAGUCCAGCAGCCAUAACGAGAUACAGAAGUCUGAGGAUUAUUACAGGCAACUUUUGUUAGAAGGUAGCACCCCAUUUCCGAAAAGAAAUGGCAUCCAGAAAUCUGAAAGUGCCAAAGAAAUGCUUAUUGCCCACAGGGAGCGCGACCGCCCGUUGCCCACCUCCACGUCAGCGGACUUCCCCGUGCGAGUGGAGGUGCUGCAACACGAGUUCCCCCCGCUACCACCCUCUCCCGUUGAAGAGGACGAGGACGAAUACUCGGAGAUCCUUCACCCGUUCCAGAAAACCAGGGCGGACACCCUGCCCAACAGCAACGAGCCACCCGUAGUGCCUGUACAUGGCGAUCCCGUCUCAAAUAGUCUCAAGACGCGGUCCAUGGACGUGAAUUACAAUAGAGGUAGGCGCAGUAACUUCUACAACACAUCCAACCGAAACAUUCCACCCGAGCGAAGAACCCUCCCUACGGAACUCCAAGACACAAAGCGGAGACCCUUCCAAAAGAGAUCCUCCAGCAGUUCCCAGGAGGAACACCACCUGCAGACCUCCUGCAGCUUACCAGAAACGCCGAUCUUCGCCAGAGGUUGUGAUAUCCCGAGAACCCCACACCGGCGCGCCCCUGAGAUCCCCGGCGGCAACCAAACCACCCCCAGACAAAGCAACACCAUUGGCAGCCUGAACACCAUCGGGAACAUGUCCACGGGCGGAUACCGCCGCGGCAUGUCCCAGUCGGGCCUGGAACAGGCCAUCGUGGGCGCCGAACUGCUCCGGUUAGCCGGGGGACCCGGAAGGGGUUGGUAUCCGAAACAGAGGCACCGGAGACCCGCUUCCAUCGAACAUCUGGACAGGACGGCGGCCGGGCACAACCCCUGGGAGCCAACGAGCAGGAAACCUCUCACUCUGCCACCGAAUUUAACCCCCAAGUUCUUCCAGAGAUCGCCCAGGGACGCCUUGAGGAGAGUUACUAGUUUACUGAUAAAGAAAGUUUCCUGUUUUGUUCCAGGAAACAACGGCAAGGAGCCGCGGAAGGAAAAGGAAGUCGUCUCGCCGACCAUCCACGAGAAUGCCAAUGUUUCAGGCGAAGAAGUGCAGAAGAAGAAGGGCUUCUUCAAGAACUUCUGGAAGAGAUCGCGCCACUACUCCCUAGAACAACAAUAGUAGAACAACAUCCCCCCGCCCCUCUCCCCGCAUAGGACGUUUUUGUGUACAUUUUAUAUAACAAUACUUUAAUAUUUCUAACCAAUUAGUAUUACUAUUUGUAUGGCUAUUAAGAUUUAAAAAAAGCACUUGGAUCCCUAAUAUUGUACGCAGGGCGUCGGGCGUAACUUAACCCAUACCAAAUAAUUGUUAAAAAAACAAAUUUUCAAAUAACUUUGUACCUACUUGAAUCUAAAAAAAAAAUGAAUCUUGACCAAACAAAGCAAUACAGUUGUUCAAAUAAAUAUUGGUUAAUUGCCCUGGGUUUUUGUUGUGGGACAAUAGUCUAUUGCCCCAGAUUCUGUACAAGUAGACUUGGCAACGUUCAAUGAAACCAACGCAGGAAUUUGGUGUGGGCCGGCUCGGGUGCGACGCCCUGUACAUGUAGAUAUUACCUACUAAUUUAUUACGUAAGUUAAGUGUAAUAAAUUCUAGAAACUCUCUCCUUGUAUUCGUCUCAUCUUGCGGAUUACCCUCGUUUCGCUUUAUAAGGAAAAAAAUGUAUAAUUGUACAUUAGUUUAUUUAUAUGAAAUAUUUUUUGUCUGUGUGUUUUAUGGUUUAA